AUGAGCAAGUGCGAAGAGCGCGACAAUCUCCUAACUAGCAAUGGGAUCAUCGUGGUAGAAUAUAACGCAGUGCCCAAUGCUACAUCGAAUUUAACAUUUCAGAUAUCUGACAACGACUCUAAGAAUAAUGUACCUCGAGAAGGACGAUCGCCUGACUUGCUAUCAUUUGAAGUGUUGGCGUUGCUGAUGCAAUACGCAGGUAUUGGCUUUGUCAACGGUGUACUCCCAGCUGUGAUCUAUCCCGUUUUACAAGGAUACCUCAAUGCAGAAGGAACGAUCGUUGUUUCCGCGACUUUACUUGUGCAAUUGCCAUGGUCGUACAAAGUAUUUCUUGGAAUUUUAAGCGAUUGCUUUCCUAUCGGUGGAUUUCGUCGACGACCAUAUAUGCUCAUUGGCUGGAUAUUGUGUUGCAGCAUGCUCUUCAUCAUGGCAACUUUUCCAGAAUCGAAACCAUAUUUUGGAGACUCAAGCAUGCAUUUCAUUCAUCCUGACAAAUGGACCGAAGCUCAGCGUAAAAGUAUCAACUCAAAUGCACCUGAUGCAGCAGGGCGCUAUGUGAUGCCAAUGAUGAUGGCUGCGUUUGGUUAUCUACUUGUCGAGGUUUCCGCUGAUGCCGUAACUAUCGAGUUUUCACAACGCGAACCAUUAUCCACCCGUGGUCACUUGCAAUCGUGGAUCCACAGCCUUCGCAUGGGGUGUAGUGCUGUAGGAGCUCUCGUCGUUGCACUUGCAUUCAAUAGUGCAGAAUAUGGAGGCUCAUUUGAUUUUUCGCUUUCAUUUCCUCAGCUCACAUUCUUUCUUAGUUGUCUAUGUCUACCACUUGGCCCUGCUGCUUGGUUUCUUGUGCAAGAAAACAAGGUAGAACCGCCUCAAUUUAAAACGUACAUGGCUCAAUUCUGGAAGGUAUUGCAAAAGCGUGCAGUUUACCAAGUUGUUGCGUACAAGUUUUUUUCUGGCGUGUUUAACAAUUUUAACAUCGUGUCGUCGAGUAACAUUAAACUGUUUUGGGUCCAUGCUACACCAUUUAAUUCAAGUCUCAUGACCAUUGCAGGCACUCUCACGUACGCAGGAACUCUGGCUAUAAUGGCUCAACGUGGAUUGCAUUGGGACUGGCACGUUGCUAUCGCUGUGACUGUUCUGUUUGGAGUAUUCACUGACUGCAUGAUGACGAUGAUGGUAACAUGGGAUGUUUUUCGAAAUCAGUGGUUUUGGCUCGGUGUACCCGUCAUUGGUGAAGUGCCACAUGCUGUGCGUUUUAUCAUAAGCAACUACAUAGUCGUCGAGCUCAUUGAACAAGGAAUUGAAGGCGCGUUAUAUGGAAUCUUAACAACAACCAAUCACGUGGCUGCGCCAUUCGGUCGUACGACUGCCAAGAUCAUCAAUGCACAAUUUAACGUCUGGAAGGAAGAUAUUCUUGCUGACACGAACAAAACACGUCGGGAUGUAACGUAUACGAUCUGGCUCUGCUAUGGCAUGAAGGUAGUGUCGCUGAUCUUCUUGCCAUUGCUUCCAAAUCAAAGGAAUGCUGCCCAAGCACUUCGUCGGCAAGGAGGCGUAAGCAAACAAAAGGCUAUUUGGAUGAUAUCAAUCCUUGUGACUGCACUGACGUGGUUCACAGUAGUUAAUAUAUUGAAUACCGCAUCACUGCUACAAUCAAAUCAUGGGUCUCAUAACUCAUUAAGUUUGUCUUUAGACGCUGGCAAAGGUCUUAUCCGUUUGGCAAAGCUGAUGGCGCAAAAGGGCCUCUGCUCUCGACGCGAAGCGGAUGCGUACAUUCAAGCAGGAGAUGUACUGGUCAAUGGUGAACGUGUAAAAGCCGAUUGGCUAAAGGUACCAAUAGACAGCGAGAUUCAAUUGGACUAUAGGGCUCAAAGGCAUCAGAACAAGAAGGUGACGCUGGUCUUAAAUAAACCCUUGGGCUAUGUGUCUUCCCAGCCAGAGAAUAACAGGACGCCUGCUGUCCGUCUGCUUACGUUUGAUAACGAGUGUCUUGAACUAAGUCAUGUAAAGCCCCGACAAACUAUAGAGCCUGUGGCUUUGUGGAAGUUGGCAGUUUGUGGUCGUUUAGAUGUCAAUUCGACUGGACUACUGCUUUUUACACAGGACGGAACGAUUGCGAAGAAGUUACUGGAUCCAAGGAGUGGCAUCGAGAAGGAAUAUCUUGUACGUGUGAAUUUGAAUCUAGAUCCUUUGACGAGUGACAUUCUUAAGAAAGUCGACGUAUUGCGGAAGGGUGUCACGUCACACGAGGGCAUCACUUACCGUGCCAAAUCAGUGGAAGUGUUAAAUGCGAACCAGUUGCGAGUGAUUCUUACGGAAGGAAAGAACCGACAUAUUCGGCAUAUGUGCGAACACGUCGGUCUACGUGUAAUGGCAUUAAAGCGUGUACGCAUCGGAGACAUAAAGUUAGGAUCGCUGCCAGUCGGGCAGUGGAAGUAUUUGCAACUGAGCGAUAAGCUUUGA